GUUGCAUUGCACGCCGCAUUUCGUUUCUCUUCGCAAAAAAAAGUGAACAAAAAUACGCAAUUGGACAAAUCUAGUGGGCAAGAAUGUCUGAACCGGAGCUGGAACAGACGCCCAGCGUGGGCCAUGCGGAGGAGCAGCCGCCGGAAGAGGAGCACGAGCCGGAACAGGAGCCAUCCGAUGUGUACACAAUUGGCGGUCCGCCGAGGACGCCGGUUGAAGAUGCGGCGGCCGAAUUGAGCGCCAGUCUAGACGUCAGCGGCUCAGAUCAGUCGGCGGAGCAGUCGCUUGACCUCAGUGGGGUCCAGGCGGAGGUCACUGCGGAGGCGGAGCCACCGGCGAAGCGCCAGCAUCGCGAUAUCAGUCCCAUUUCGGAGGACAGCACGCCAGCGAGCAGCACAUCGACGAGUUCCACCAGGUCGUCCAGCUCCUCGCGCUACGACGAUGUCAGCGAGGCGGAGGAGGCACCACCAGAGCCGGAGCAACCACAGCAGCAGCAGCAGGAGGAGAAGCAGGAGCAGGAUCAGGAGGAGGUGAAGUCACCAGUUCCAGUUGAAUUGCAGGCACAGGAACAAGCGCAGCCGCAAGAGCAGGAAGUGGAGAUGGACCAGGAAAUUGACACCGAGGAUGAGCCCUCCUCCAAUACGGUGAUCUGUGUGGCCGACAUCAACGCCUAUGGCAGUGGCUCCAACAUAGACGACUACGUUGUGGAUCCCGAUGCGCCGGCCAAGGCCAUCAUCACCGAGGUGGUCACCAUUCCAGCUCCACUUCGUCUCAAAGGGGCACAACAACUGAGUCUGCCACUGGCUGCCCCACCGCCACCACCACCUCCUCCAGCAGAGGAAGAAGUCCCCGAGACUCCAGCCUCGCCCACAGAUGACGGCGAGGAACCACCAGCCGUGGGCUUAUCCUCGUACAUGCGCGUUCGUUACAUGCAGGACUCGACACCUGGCCUGCCCACCCGCCUGGCGCCUCGUGAUCCUCGCCAGCGCAACAUGCCGCCGCCAGCCGUAGUACUGCCCAUUCAAACCGUACUCAGCGCCAACGUGGAGGCCAUUUCUGACGACAGCAGCGAAACGAGCAGCAGCGAAGACGACGAAGAGGAAGAGGAGGACGAAGACGAUGCCCUGACCAUGGAGCACGACAGCACUUCCAGGGAGACGGUCAUCACCACUGGCGGCGACCCUCUGAUGCAAAAGAUCGAUAUAAGCGAAAAUCCCGACAAGAUCUACUACAUUCGACGCGAGGAUGGCACCGUGCACCGCGGCCAGGUGCUACAGUCGCGCACCAUGGAGAAUGCGGCCACGCCCGAUGAGUACUACGUCCACUAUGUGGGCCUCAAUCGCCGCCUGGAUGGCUGGGUGGGCCGACACCGGAUCUCGGACAAUGCGGAUGACUUGGGUGGCAUUACCGUGCUGCCAGCACCACCAUUGGCCCCCGAUCAGCCCAGUACAAGCAGGGAAAUGCUCGCCCAACAGGCCGCCGCGGCGGCAGCUGCCUCAUCCGAGCGACAGAAGAGGGCUGGCAACAAGGACUACUAUCUGUCCUAUUGCGAGAACAAUCGCUAUGACUACAGCGACCGCAAGAUGACACGCUACCAGAAGCGGCGCUACGAUGAGAUCAAUCACGUGCAGAAGAGUCAUGCUGAGCUGACCGCCACGCAGGCGGCGCUGGAGAAGGAGCACGAGUCCAUUACCAAAAUCAAGUACAUUGAUAAGCUGCAGUUUGGCAACUACGAGAUCGACACCUGGUACUUCAGUCCCUUUCCCGAGGAAUAUGGCAAGGCACGUACGCUAUAUGUUUGCGAGUACUGCCUAAAGUACAUGCGCUUCAGGGAGAGCUAUGCCUAUCACCUGCACGAAUGCGAACGAAGGCGUCCGCCCGGAAGAGAGAUCUACCGCAAGGGCAAUAUAUCCAUUUACGAGGUGAACGGCAAGGAGGAGUCGCUCUACUGCCAGCUUCUGUGCCUAAUGGCCAAGCUCUUUCUGGACCACAAGGUCCUGUACUUCGACAUGGACCCGUUCUUCUUUUACAUCCUGUGCGAAACGGACAAGGAGGGCAGCCACAUUGUGGGCUAUUUCUCCAAGGAAAAGAAGUCGCUGGAGAACUACAAUGUGGCGUGCAUUCUGGUAUUGCCGCCGCAUCAGCGCAAGGGAUUUGGAAAGCUGCUGAUAGCCUUUAGCUAUGAGUUGUCGCGCAAGGAGGGUGUCAUCGGUAGCCCGGAGAAACCGCUCUCGGAUCUGGGCAGACUUAGCUAUCGCAGCUAUUGGGCAUACACGCUGCUUGAGCUGAUGAAGAACCGCUGCGCUCCUGAGCAGAUCACCAUCAAGGAGCUGAGCGAAAUGAGUGGCAUCACCCACGACGACAUUAUCUACACGUUGCAGUCCAUGAAGAUGAUCAAGUAUUGGAAGGGCCAGAAUGUCAUUUGCGUUACGGCCAAGACCAUUCACGACCAUCUGCAGCUGCCGCAGUUCAAGCAGCCCAAGCUGACCAUCGACACCGAUUACCUCGUCUGGAAUCCACACAGCGCAGCGGCAGUGGCCAGAGCUCCGGGAAAUUCCGGCUAGCAUACGGAACCCGGGGAUCCCGUCCUGCUCUCAUCGCAUGUAAUUGUUAUAGACGAUGAUGACGAUUAAGAUUUUUUUUUUGUAUUUUGUAAGAAAGCGUAGGAAUAGGCUAAUGCACCCCUCAAAAUGUAACAUGUAUAGAAUCAUAUAUCUAAAACGAAACCAUCAGAAGGUUUAACAACAUUAAGCAAUGUAUUACUUAACGUUUGGUUUACAACUUUUUUUUUUAGUUAAGGAGUCUUACGGAUAGGCUGUUGUACCUCUUAAUGAUUAAACC